AUGCUUCGCACAAUCCUCCUCGCUAGAACCGCCCCAAGUCCUGAGAACGCGCUCGCGCUCGAACAGUAUGCUCGAUGUCUUCAGUAUCUAAUGAAGGACAUGAGACUCAUUCAAGACGGAAUCAGUGAACCAUCUGACAGUCUCCUCAUCGGAACAGCAGCUCUCGCAUCUCAUGGAGAAUUACGAUCCAAGCGCAGCAUGGCGGCAGAUCCCAGGGUGCAGAUAUCACCAGUGGCCAAAACACAGAAUAUCGAUGUCUACAGCUCGGGACAGAUGGAACCUGUGCACAUGCAAGCCUUUUACUUGCUGGCUUCUCAACGAGGAGGGCUGCAAGCUUGUCAGCUGCACGGUCUGGCAGAUAUCCUCGAGAUAAUUGAUCUUUGUUUUGCUACCCGCGCACUAGCAAUCCCGCAAUUCGAGUCUCGCCAUACGACAUUCCUUGUGCAGCUCACCGGCACCUUUAACUUUGACGCUGAGGCUCAGGCAUUGCUGCAACGAUUCGGAGAAGCUUUUCUUGAGAGUGCCGAGUUGCAGCCUCUGCACUUGACAAUACAUCAUAUGCGAACGGUGGUGGCAGCUCUCGACCAAUAUGUGAGAGAAGGACAAAAGCCAGCUAGCCUUCCCAAGCUUCUACAGGCAAGGAAUGCUGUCCAGUAUCUCCUACUUUCUGUCUCUGCACGCAAGUCAGCCUCAGAUACGGCAGAUUGCUCGGUCGACAUGUGUCGACUGGGACUGCUCAUCUUCUCCAAUAUGGUGCUGUUCCCUUUGCCCACCGAGUCUGGUGUGGCUGAGAUGCUGGUAGGGGCGCUUCGCGGGCGCCUUCUAGAGAGCCAUGUGCUUGAGGGUCAUGUUGAUAUAUGGUCGCAGCGCUCCGAUCUUCUCACCUGGAUCGUCACCUUGGGGACGAUGGCAGCUACAUCCACAGCUUACUCCCAGUGGUAUACCCAAUACCUAGCAGACAUGAUGCCUGUAGGACACCUGCCAGGAUGGCAUCAUCUGGAAGAAACUGUGCUCUCCAAGUAUGCUUGGUGGAAAUACACUUGCAGCAAUUGGGGCGAGGGUAUUUGGUUGGAAAGUACGCUCAUCUGUGAAAGAAAUAAUAUGCAGAAGGCUAUAAGCGGUGUCAAGAAUGGCUUGAACAUAUAG